AUGUUUCUCUUGUUUUUAGCUCUUUCAUUCAAUGAGCCAAAGUUUUGUCCAACAGCUAUUUGGAAUUCCAAUGGAAUUACCAUUGCUAAUAAAUUGCUUGUUGGUUUCGGACCUAUUUCUAUUUUUGUGAGCACAAACAACACAAUCUAUGUCGCUAAUCGAGAAAACAGCACAAUUGUGAUGUGGGAAGAAGACAGUGUCAAUCCAGCAAAAGUCAUUCGCGGUAAUUUUACACAGCCCUUGUCCCUCUUCGUGACAUUAAAUCGUGAUAUUUAUAUUGGUGAUGAGGGCGAUGAUGUUCCUAUUGAUGAUAAAAAUUAUGAUGGAUUUAAGAAUGGUCGAGUGCAGAAAUGGAUGGCAGAAACAAAUAACUUUGUCACGGUGAUGAAUGUGAACUCAUCAUGUUGGGGUUUGUUUGUCGAUAUCAAUGAUACUCUUUAUUGUUCGAUGCUUUUUCGUGCACAAGUAGUGAAAAGAUCAUUCAAUGCUGAUGUGAUGGCCUCAAAUCGUGUCGCUGCUGGAACAGGAAUUAGUGGAUCAGCCUUGGAUCAACUUAAUGGUCCUAUGGGAAUUUUUGUCGAUAUUAAUUUGGAUUUAUAUGUGGCAGAUUGUGAAAAUCAUCAAGUUCAGUUAUUUCAGUUAGGAAAUUCAAAUGGCAUUACAGUAGCUGGAAGAAAAUCACUAAAACCAACAGUUACACUUAGUUCUCCAAUUGGAGUUAUAUUAGAUGCUGAGAAAUAUUUAUUCAUUGUGGAACUAGGCAAUGAUCGCAUUGUUGGUUCAAACGUGAACGGUUUUCGAUGCUUAGUUGGAUGUUAUAGAAGUGGUUCACAAUCCAAUCAAUUGUCUGGCCCAGUUCGUUUUAGUUUCGAUCGUUCUGGAAACAUGUUUGUUACUGAUAUGAGAAACUCUCGGAUUCAAAAAUUUCAAUAUUUCGCAGAUUCAUGUGGUAAGUUUAUAAUGAUUGAAUAA